AUGGAUCAUAUACCGUCGUUGCCCAAGUCCAUCAAGGGGAACACCGAACUGCUCAUUUGGGUCGACCUUUUCUCGGGAUAUGUGAUUGCAAAGGCUAGCUCCUCUCGGACGGCACAAACAAUAGCGGAGAAUUACGAAGAAUGUGUGUUUCGACGCUUCGGAGCUAGCGAGGCUAUCAGGCACGAUCGAGAACCGGGAUUUAUGUCCGACUUCUUUCGAGCCUUCAGUCGGAUCGUAGGACAAAAACAGCGUGCUACUAUGGCUUACAGGCCACAAGCAAAUGGAACAGCCGAACGAAUGGUGCAAACCCUGACACAUUCGCUCAAGAUAUCGGAUCCGGGGGAUACCCCAUUUUAUCUGAUUCAUGGGUGGGACCCGCGAUCGACUUUGGAGGCUACGCUACCAGUGGGGAAUACGGGGACACGAGAUCGCGAUCCAAAGAGGUGGAGAUACAAAAUCCAAAGACAAUACCUGCGAGCCCGAUCUGCAGUGAACGAUCGUUUACAAGCCGCGAUCCAGGAGCGAGCGGAUCGACACAACGAAGAUCUGGAACCACACGAGAUCGAAGUAGGAGCGCAAGUUUGGCUAUACCUGGACCGAGUUAAAGAGGGAUAUGCGAAGAAGCUAGCGCACAUGUGGCAUGGGCCAUUCCGAGUUGCGGACGUAUGUGGAGAUCAUGCUGUAAAAUUGGAGAUCGCUGGAACCCCAUAUCGGUUAUUUCCGAUUGUACACAUAUCGAAGCUAAAAAAGGUAAAGACGUUCCCUGAACGCCCGAAGGAUCAGCUUACGAUAGAGGAAUCAGAUCGCUUGGAUUUCGAUGAAGCUCUGCUGCCGGAAGACAGUUGGGAUGGCGAUCUUGAAGAAGGGGAAUACGAAGUGGAGGUAAUAUUGGACGUGCGAUCUGGUAGAAAAACCCGUUAUGGGCGAGUACACCGGCAGUUUCUGGUGAAGUGGAAGGGAUAUCCCGAUCUAAGUUGGGUGGACGAGGCCGAUCUACGUUGUGGGGCGAUCUUGCAAGAGUUUGAGCGGAACCGAGUGAGUCGAAACCGUUUCGACGUAAUGCAGUCUCAUGAAGGCAAGUCGGACGAACCUUAA